UGAAUUUGGCGGGUGAUUUUAAUUUGUUCGCUCUCCGCGCAAAUCGCGAUCGUCGCGAUAUCGCACGUUCGAUAUCUUUUCUAUCUCGAUACAUAAUAUAUUCUUGAGAUAUACAUAUACAUGCACUUUACUCCGAGAGAGUGUAGGUCCGAAAAUCGUCAAUCAUCGUUGGUCAUCGGUUUCUAUCGUCGCGCGAGAAUAUAUAAAGGGAUAUACACGUGUCUGCCUCAUUCAUUAGUGUGUGAUGACAUAUGCGGCCAUCGUGUGAGAUUGUUUGUAUCCGUGUCGAGGUUAAUAAUACUACCUUGAUAUCGCGGAAGAUCGAAAUUUCUAGUAACGUCCAGUUGUAAAAUCUGCAUGAAAUUUUCUCUCACGGACGCUCCUAAAGAUCUAUAUUAUAUCUGAGAGUAAGAGAGAGAGAGAGAAAGAUAGAAGAAAAUUUACACGAUACCUGUCCUCGUACUUCUUCAUUUUGGCUGAGUCAAGAAAUCUCACGGGAUUAUAACACGAUCAAAAUGGAAUUUCCAAAUUUGGGAGAGCAUUGUUCCGAGAGCACAUGUAAUCGUUUGGAUUUCUUACCAUUAAAGUGUGACGCCUGUGCAAGUAUCUUUUGCACAGAUCAUAUAUCUUAUGCAAGUCAUGGCUGCCCCAGUGCAUACAAAAAGGAUGUACAGGUGCCUGUGUGUCCAUUAUGCAAUAUACCUAUAUCGAUAAAACGUGGUGAUCCACCUGAUCUGGCUGUAGGAUUGCACAUAGAUAAUGACUGUAGAGAAAAUCGUAGAAAAAUAUUUUCCAACAAGUGUUCUUCAAAGGGAUGCAAAGUCAAAGAAAUGGUACCAGUAAAGUGCAGCGAAUGUGGUGCCAAUUUUUGCUUAAAGCACAGACACCCGACCGAUCAUGCUUGCAUUGGAGCAGAAGAAGCACUGAGACUACAUAGGCUGGAAGCAUUAAACAAAAAAGCUCAAACGACAAUAUCGCAGAAUAGCAGCAACAGCAAUUCACAUUCGUUCCGAAGUCUUCAAGGAACAAUGAAUGAGGAUGAAGCAUUAGCCAGAGCUCUCCAAGCUUCCUUAGAAGAGGAAGAGAGAAGCAGAAGGGUGUUGCAACCAGUGCCUUCUGGAAACAGAGAUAGGUGUAGACUUUCGUAACUAUUUAUACAUUAUUUUAUAAUUAUAGAGAAAAAUAUUUGUUUCCUGAAAUUUUAUUAAUGUAAAAUACAUAUAAUUUACUUUUAUCCAAUUUACAUAGACAAAAAUUCUAAACUUAAAUGAUUACAUUCUUUGAGCUUGAUUUUUUAUUUUUGAGCUUAUAUUUCAUGAUAAGAGUAAUCACUCUGUUACAUACCUAUCUAUUAUUAUUAUGUAGAAUAUACAGAAAUUAUAACAUAUUUAUAAAAUUGCUCACCUAGUUAGCACAUUGUACUACAGCAUUUUAUGAAACUUCUUAGUAAAAUUUUGUAAAGCUAAGGUUUAUAAAAAAUUCAAGUGGUGAAAAAUUGA